ACGCGAUUUUUUUCCUCUUGUUUACUUGUGAGCAGCUGCUUGUCCUUGGUGUUUGCGGGGAGUUCGUUCCCUAGUGUGUGACGUUCCCCGAGACUUGAAGACACUGAUCACCGUGUUUCCACUCACCGGACACAAAUUUUCACUCGAGAACUUUACACUGUGCGGCCUAACUACGACAUCCGUGUGUACGUGUCUCUCUGUGUGAUGCACGAACCUUUCGAUCGACCAGCUGAUCGCGAUUCCGGCAGUGUUGCAUCGUCUCGAUGGUCUUUAUAGAGGCAGCUCGUCCGUGGUGUAUCGCGUACGUGAGCGGAAGGCGAAAUUACUGGACGACGGGACAGUUUUCGUGCGGGCUCACGGCCCUUUUUUCACACGCACCCGUCUACGUCGACACCUGCGGUAACCGCGGGAAUUUUAUCGCGGCGGCUCGCGGCGCCGCUGCGUGGUGUUGUUGUGCGCGAGCUUAAAGUUCGCGGACUGUGCGCCGGACAAGGACAGACGACAGCGCGCGUUGUGUGUAUAUGGGCAACUAGAGGAAGACGGAGCGCGUGUCGAACAGAGACGAGACUAAAGCGGAGAACUCUGGGAAAGUUUGCGAGUAAAACGUGCCACCGAGACGAAUUCGUAGUAUCUUUCUACAACACGACUUCUCUACGUACACGUCGGUUGUUAUCGUUUCGUGUGCUCGCUCGAACGAACGAGAAGGACAACAACGGGACGAGGAUCGAGUACGAGGGAGUGUGAAACGGGGAAAAAAGAACAUCGACGCAGCUGCUUUUGUUUUGGAAAGAUCCGGCCGGUGCAUUUAGAGGGCGCGUACGGUGCGCCAGCGAGGGAAAAGCUGAUAGACCGAGCGAGAUAGAGAAUAACCUAACCGUGCAAGGGAGACGCGGCCAAAAAAGAGACGGAAACAUCGUAGCCGCUCCACGAGGAGAAGAAAGACACGCGCGUCGGGACUGAAUAUGUCCGCCAAGCGAAAGGCCACUGCCAUCAUGCAGCACCACAAGGAAAACAUCUCGACCCCGGAGCCAGCCGACAUAUCGGAGGAGGAUCACUACUCGAGCGCGCUCAUGAAAGACGCGGAUAAGCUGAAGCUGAUGCUGCUCGCGUGGAAUUAUAAUCUUCAACAGCAGGCUCAGGCUCAGGCCCAGGCCCAGGCACAGGCUCAGGCCGCCAACGCGGCCCUCUCGCCAAAUAACUCCUCAACAACCACGGCCACCACCGUUGGCACACCUGUCACCAGCCAAUCGGCCAUUUCCACGGCAAACAACACCAUUAACAACUCCACACUUACAGACUCGCGAAACGGCUCUUCAGAUUUGGUAGACAUGCCCGCCGGGACCGUUCCUAAUUUGGGCGCGGUGGCCGGAGUCGGCGGCGAGGACAUGGCAUCCUUGUGGGCUUCCUACGCCAUGGGACUGAAGAAGACGCCGCCGCCAGCGUCCGCCGCGACGCCUUCGCGGUCAGACCGCGAUCGCGAGUCCAGCCCGCCGGGCGGUGAGGGAACUGGCAGCGCUCACGACGAGACAAGCAGCAGCGGCAAUAAGGAGGACGAGGACGACGACGACGAGGAUGCUGACGAGAGGCUGGACCCCAGACACCACGACCCGGAGCGCCAGAAGGCUUUCAACAUGUUCGUCAGGCUGUUCGUUGACGAGAACCUGGACCGUAUCGUGCCAAUCUCCAAGCAACCGAAAGAGAAAAUACAGGCAAUCAUCGACAGCUGCACCAGGCAGUUCCCGGAGUUCGCGGAGAGGGCCAGGAAAAGGAUCAGAACGUACCUGAAGAGCUGUCGGAGGAAUAAACGUGGAAGGGAGGGUGCACCCUGGGAUGCGGCGAGGCCCACUCCGGCACACUUGACCUCCGUACAGGCCGAGCAGAUUUUGGCAACGGCCUGUGAAAAUGAGAGCGACAACGCGAAACGUAUGAGACUCGGUCUGGAGCCCGUCUCACAGCCCAUGCCAACUCUUCCGGCCGCAACGCAAACGGAUGUCCGGUCAAGUUUAGAGCAUUUCUCGAGUACACCGGUGAAAUCACUUCCGGGCAAGAGGGAGGAUACACCACCGGCAUCGCUAACGUCCCUCGCGCCGCUAACCAGUUUGGCGAACUUGCCGAGCAGCACCCUCUCUUCUACACCCUUGUCUCUUGCACCAGCGUCGAAACUGCUCACGCCAGCGGACAACAAGGGUCUCAUGAGCCAGGCGACGAUAGUCAGCUCGUCGACGGUUAACGGCGUUGCCAGCGGCGGUGCACCGACGGCGAUGUACAGACCGAACUUCAGCCAGGCGUUCCAGCGUGCAGGGCCGACGACAGUGCCACCGAUCCUGCCGGCGGGCCUCUACCCGACCCAGAGCUUCACGUCGGGCCUAUUGAGCAACGGUACACAAAGACCAACGGAUCUGAGCAUGAAGAACACGAAGCCGCUCCUGAGUCACAAGUUGAACGCGACGGAGAUGACCGCUGUGAGGCAGUUGAUCACCGGAUAUCGAGAGUCCGCCGCGUUUCUCCUCAGGUCUGCAGAGGAGCUCGAGCAAUUGUUGCACCAGCAACCAUAGAGCUACGUUUACGUAGGCAGUGGCCAGCAGCUUGGCUCGUAAGUCCUUCUCACACGAGGAACAGUACAGCGUGGAACCCUCGAAGAGAGAACGUGUCCAGCUGAUCCCUGAAUCCGAAGAGACUUGAACGCCGGCAUACGAACGAACCGCUUCGUUUACCGCUGCUUGAAACAGUACCGAAAUAAUAUAUAUCGGCCGUUGGUAACGAGUUCUCGUUAUCCACCAUCGGGAAACUCGGUUUCCCCUCCCCCGAGACCAGAUCGAUCCACGACGAAAUCUCAGCGGAUGCUGCUGCAAAACCCGGAAACUCUUCCGGCUGAAGGACGACGACGGCGACGACGUUACGAAGUUGGAGAUUUUUCCUACCAUGCGAGCACAAAAGCUGCUAGUUUCUUCUCUCCAGACUGCAACACUCCUCAAGAGGAAUCGCGAGGAAACGCGUCCCCUCUAGUUUCGUAUCGCGAGACGGAAAUUUCAUUUCAUUCUAUAGAGAGAAACACAGGAAAGAUCCAAACCAGCGGAAG